AAUCUCUGUGUUAGCUAGCAAAGGCCCUGGGGCCUGGGCGCGAAAGAAGAAACAUGGCUUCUUUCAAUUUAAAGGAGAAAAGGUUAAUUUUGAUCUAUUUUUUCUUAUUUCCUCAACGAUUACUUUGUCAUUACAAUGCAGAGCCAAGUAGCAUCAUCAGAGGAGUGAGAGGUGACGGUAAGCAAAUAUUAAAACGUAGUAUCUCCGAAAAUCCUUUAUCAAUAAUGGCUUUUUAUGAUACUAGUGUUGAAAGACUGAGCACGGUUUUUAAACAACUUAUAACUAACCGACUAUUACCCGAGGCUAUUGCUUAUUUUGGCAAAACGUUGACCGUCCGUCAACGUAUUUCGCCAUUAAAACUUCAAAGGAACUGCUCAAAGGAAAAAUUCGUCAAAUAUAAUAACGAGUAUGUUCGGUUUUGUGCUAAUCAUUGUGAAAAACAAACGUUUUGUGGGCCAGUUAGAGUUCCCGAAAAUCAUCUUGACGUCUGUAACACUUGCAACCCUACAGACAUUAGUUGUAAGCAAAAGAACCAAUCACUGAACACUGGUGUCACCAACUAUGACUUUAUUUUGUAUGUAACUGCUAGUAACACAUUUCACUGUUCUGUGGAAAAUGAUGUUAUAGCCUAUGCAUCAUCAUGCCAACAAGAGCAAAGACUUGAUCGCCCAGUUGCUGGAUUUGUUAAUUUUUGUCCAGAAGCAUUCAUGAAGAAAUUACACUUCAGUCAUUUGUUAGCUAUUACAAAACAUGAGAUUUUUCAUGCUCUUGGCUUUUCAUCAUUGCUUUUUGCUUACUACCGUAUGGACAAUGGUCAUCCACUCACACCACGUCUACAUGAUGGUAGACCUGCGUAUCGCUGGAGUGAUAAGGUUAUAAAAGAUGUUACUAGACAAAGGUGGCUAGUCAGUGAAAGGGCUGGGGGAUCUGUUGUUCAUAAAGUGAGAAUGAUUAUUACACCAAGAGUUGUUAAAGAGGCACGGUUGCACUUUAAUUGCUCAAUCUUGGAAGGUGCUGAAAUUGAGAAUCAAGGUUCAUCAGGUCAAAUUUACACACACUUGGAGAAGCGGGUUUUUGAGAAUGAGGCCAUGACUGGGGUGUUUACUAAUAAUCCAGUAUUUUCUCGCAUUACACUGGCAAUUAUGGAGGAUAGUGGUUGGUAUUGGGCUAACUAUAAUAUGGCAGAAGAACUAGACUGGGGACGCAACUUUUCUUGUGCCUUUGCAAUGAAUAGCUGUAAAUAUUGGAUGGAUUAUCAAAUGAAAGCUAACAAAUCAAUUGCUCCUUAUUGUACCCAGUUAUCAAAAAAAGAUCAAAUACAAACUGGUUGCACUCACAGUCGUGGUGGUGUAGGAGUUUGUAAUUUGUUCAAAUAUAAACACUCCCUUCCUUUGGAGUAUCAGUACUUUGAUUCACUGCCAGGGGUAGGGACUCCUUCUCAUUAUGGUGGUGCAAUAAUCCUUGCAGACUAUUGUCCAUACUAUCAGGAAUUGGAUUGGAAAAGUGAGGGAAAAGUGGUUCGCAACUCUUAUUGUAAAUGCAAGUUGAAUAAUCCCACCCAAGAAAAGAAUUAUGCAUUGGAAGUUUAUGGAGAUAAUGCUAUCUGUUUCAGGCAAGGUAAAGCAUGGACUCGCAAGUCUUGUUCUCAUAGCUCAAGUGCAAAGAAUUGGGGCAGUGGAUGUUAUUUGUACUCAUGCACAAUUGAUGGAUUGGUUCUCAAUGUAGGAGGAAAAUCCUUCCAUUGUUCAUAUGCUGAGCAAGUAAUAGAUGUUAAACUGUUGUUCAAUGCCAUAAGAGGAAUGAGGAUUUUCAUAUGAUCUCGUGCUAUAUCAAGCUUCGACAACUCGGCAACGAGCUUUAUCUGAUACAUAUUCGACUGCUUCCACGCCUAAAGACGAAGGCGAGCAGCCAGCCUUCGUCAUGAAAACAGUCUAUCAUAGCUGCAAGGAGAACGUUGACGAACGGACGGACGGCGUCUGGAGAUACCUGUAUUAUAUGCAUCAGUGAAACCAUGUGAUUGUGCAGUACCACAGAGGGGCAACUUUAUUUCGUUUAAAACAAGAAAAGAUAGAAGCAAUUCUUGCUCGAAAUUUUGGCCGUCUUGGCCAACUGAUUCUCUUCAAUGAUUGAGAUGAUCGUUCUUCACUCGACGUUUUUUCUAAAUGAAUCGCGUCCGCUUUUAGUUUUCGAGAUGACGGAAGGACAAUGUCUGAUACCAUGUCGUUUUCAUUUACAUCUUCCAGCACCAUGUCAGUAUUUGACGAUUUGUCAGAAGCCUUUUCCGAUUUACAGUCGUUUUCCUCUGUUUCCAACACUUCGUUUGAGAUGGUCUUUUCAACAACGUCUAAAACGUCUAUUGUGUUAUCAAGCGCAGGUUCAAAAGUUGUGAAGGAGCUUGAGCAAGAUAAAGGAAAUGACGGUGAUAAAGGUCGGAGUCGACCAGAUGGGAGUGUAACACGGAGAUGGUCGCUCAGUUUUGGAAAUAUCCAAUCAUCUUCAUACGAAUCUUCUAACUCAUAACUAAAAGACUCGACGUUUUCGUUAAAUGUAACUUUUCCGGUCAUUUUUUCAAAAAUGAAUACUUUCUUUUUCGAUAAAUUUUGCUGCCAGUAAAACACCACCGUUCGCUUUGAAAUUGACUUCAAUUAUGACUAAUUAUCGCGCGCAUCGCUUUGUUACGUCAUAUAAUUGGUCAUGCAGGUAUUGUCGCGUCAUUAAAUUGAGUAACGUCAGAAUUGAGCCUCGUCAUUACUGUUUUACGUCAUAAUUAGAUUGCCUGCUUGAAGUCUUUGUGAAAAUAUGUUUGCAGAAACUUGAUUCUCAAUUAUAUUCAAUUUAACAAAGAGAUUUUCUUCAAAAAAUGCUAAAUUUUACAAGGAAUAGAUCAAUAGAAGUGGAAUAGGCUUGUGAAAUACUUCAAAAAAUUAUAAACACAACCAGAUAUGCAAAAAAUUAAAACCAACAUAAGCAUUUCUUGUAGCUUAAUCACAAGAAUAUACUGUAAAA